UUUAGGGUUUAUUGGGCAAAUGCGAUGAUUCGAUCGCAUGGCGCCAUCGCCAUCGCGAGUUUUGCGUCGAAAUGUGACGAGCUUGUGCCUUGCCGCGGCGCGAAAUGCAGCAUUUCCUGUGGAGCGACGAGUUCUUCUUCCUCUUCCUCCUCCAAUAGCAGCGAGAAUUAUCGGCGAACUCUUGAGGCGCUCAAAUCGAAGAAUAGGAGGCCGAAGCGAUGGCUUGGACAGAAUUACAUGGUAAAUUCGAAUAUCAAUGACGAAAUCGUGAGAGCUGCCGAGAUCCAACCGGGUGAUUUGGUGCUGGAAAUUGGGCCGGGCACUGGAGCUCUUACGGAUUCCCUCUUGUGUGCCGGAGCUUACGUUAUAGCUGUAGAAAAGGAUCCAGACAUGGUCUCUUUGGUUUCCGAACGCUUCAAAGAUAAUCCUAGAGUGAAGUUGUUCCAGGACGAUAUUUUGAAGUGGCAUAUAAGAUUACAUCUAAGCAACUGGAUGGAAACCAUCAAAAGUCCAUCUAAACUUGUUAAGGUUGUCUCCAAUCUGCCUUUUAACAUCACAACGGAUGUUGUGAAAAAGCUGCUACCUAUGGGAGACUUGUUUUCUAACGUAGUGCUGCUUUUACAAGAUGAGGCUGCUGCAAGGUUUAUUGACGAUUCUCCAAAAGGAGAUGAAUAUCGGCCCAUCAGCAUAUUCAUUCGAUUUUUCUCAGAGAUGGAGUACAAAUUCAAAGUGGAUCGCUUGAACUUUUUUCCUCCUCCCCCUGUUAACGGUGCGGUUGUGUCCUUUUCCUUGAAAGAUAGUUCUCAAUACCCUGAAGUCAAAUCUGUCAAGAGGUUCUUUACUCUGGUGAAUUCAGCCUUCACCGGGAAACGAAAAAUGCUGCGAACAUCCCUGCGGCAUCUCUACAGUAGUUCCGAGGUUGAAAAUGCUCUUUGUUCCAUCGGCGUCAUUGAGACUGCAAGGCCUCAUCAACUAUCAUUCAGUCAGUUUGUUAAGCUUCACAACACUCUGGCAGCGCAGAGUGUGACUGAGAUGGACAAGGUGGCCAAUGCCUAGUUGUUUGUGGAGGUACAGAUCUUUUCUUUUUAAUCAUUUUCGGGGGGGAUGCAUUUGAAUUCUUCGUUGGAUCUCCUAGUGCUUGAAUCGUCGAGUCCAAAUUCUUUAA